CCAGUAUUCACAUCUUAAAUCACACCAUCUGUCAUGCUAAACCUGAAAUGCACAAUAUUCUCAAUACCGAAUGGUUCUUCGCCAGCGACUUCGUGGACGCGACUUGGCGCUGACCCCCUUAGGUAAUGGCGCGCUCUUGGCGGCUUUACCUCUUCAGAGCUGUAUGCCUAAUCCUCACGAUCGCAUUCCUGAGACCAGCCUCACAUCCAUAUAACCUCUCAUGGACGAGCCCCGGCUUGGUUAGUGAUGGCAAGACCGUGGCCCAGGUCGUGGUUGCUGCACUCGAGAAGGACGACGUGAGAUGGAUUGAUAAUGGAUAUUGGGAUGUGUGGAAGUAUGAGGCCGACAAUCCAAAUGCCAAGCACCCUGUGCCGAAGAAUAAGGGGCAUGAGGCCAUGAUUUAUCUGACGCACAUAAUCGACCAGUACGACCACUUGGCCCCAAGGGUGAUAUUCAUGCACGCAGGUAGAUACCAAUGGCACAAUGACGAUCCACGAUACGACGCAAAGAACAAUCUCCAAAACUUACGACUCAAGCACGUUGAUGAAGAAGGCUACGUCAACCUACGCUGCCACUGGUUCCAAGGCUGCCCCUUAGCAGUGAACCUCACAAUGGCUCCCUACCUGAACCCCCUCCACGCGAACCCUACCGCGGAUUUCGAUCACCUCUAUACCUCGACCCUUCGCCACCUAUUCUCAACGCUCCCGAUCCCCAAGGCCGUAGCCGCAACAUGCUGCUCCCAGUUUGCGGUUACUGCCUCCGCCAUCCGUAGACAUAAGAAAGAUGUCUAUAUAAAUAUACGCAAAUGGUUGAUGGAAACCGAGAUGCAUGAUUAUUACAGUGGAAGAGUCCUGGAAUAUAUGUGGCACAUCCUGUUUGGGAAAGAGGCGGUAAAUUGUCCGGCUGCGGAUGAUUGCUAUUGUAGAACGUAUGGAAAAUGUGGCUUGAAGUGCGAGGAGGGCGAUUGUGGGCAAUACCAGUAUCCGAUCAAUAUUCCGCGGUUGAAGACUUGGUGGUGGAAGAUCAAGCAUCUGUUUGGUUGAAGAGCCAAGGGAGGACAUUGUUGAAAAUGAGGAACACAUUAACCUGUUGGAUGGUGUCGAGCAAAACACUUGUUGCACACUUCUGGGUUGAUGGCUGGGUGGAGGAAGAAAAGGCAUCCGCUUGGUUGAGAAAGCCUGGUCAGAGUCUUAUUGGAUAUAAUGAAGGACUUGACCUCAGAAAAUGGUUUCCAAGACAGCAUCAGGAUGCGGCUACUCAUAGCUAAAUGAACUGAAUGUCUUGGAAUUAUAGCAAGGAAACGGGACUCGUGUCGAGAAGUUGCUGCUAGCGAUGGAGACAGUAGUGAACACCGAGAAGGCAAGACCGAUCGCCCCUAUUACCCGCCAGGAGCAUUGCUCGCUUGGACAUUUCUUUGGCAC